CGCAGAGUUAGUGAAGUUGCAGCCAAUUGCUGUAGUUUUUGUUGGUUUAUUAAAUAAGACAGUAGGCGCAUUAAAGAUAGAGAAAAGGCCGAAGAUGCGACGGAAACAGAAAAGAUUACUGCAGAUCGCGGUGCUGCUCAUUUUGGCUUUUCUGUUCUUGCCAAAUGUUGGUUUAUGGUCCGUGUAUCUGGACCGAAUUUUUGACAGCUCGGCGGAGGCGGCGGACGGAGAACUCCCACAAAUUCAGAGAAUGAACAGACAUGAGAUGCAGAACGCUGGUGUUGGGAAAAGAGACUGGCAUGACUAUGCAACUAUUAAGAGCGAUGCUGUACGCUCAGGUGUUGGGGAGCAGGGAAAGCCUUACCCAUUGACUGACUCUGACAGAGUAGACCAGGCGUACCGGGAAAAUGGAUUUAACAUAUUUGUCAGUGAUCGUAUUGCCCUAAACAGAUCCCUGCCCGAUAUCAGACACCCAAAUUGCAAGGUGAAGCUGUAUGCAGAAAAACUUCCCAACACAAGCAUCAUCAUUCCCUUCCACAACGAGGGCUGGUCGUCACUGCUGCGCACAGUACACAGUAUACUCAAUCGCUCGCCACCACAACUCAUCGCUGAGAUCAUACUAGUGGAUGACUUCAGUGACAAAGAGCAUCUGAAAUCCUCUCUGGAGGAGUACAUGGUACAGAUACCAAAAGUGCGUAUUUUUCGUACCAAGAAGCGUGAAGGUCUGAUCAGGACUAGACUGUUGGGCGCUGCCGCUGCCAAAGGGGAUGUCAUUACAUUUCUAGACUCUCACUGUGAGGCCAAUGUCAACUGGCUGCCCCCUUUACUGGAUCGCAUUGCCCAGAACCGGAGGACAAUAGUGUGUCCAAUGAUUGACGUGAUUGACCAUGAUAACUUUGGCUAUGAGACUCAGGCCGGAGAUGCCAUGCGUGGGGCUUUUGACUGGGAGAUGUUUUACAAACGCAUCCCAAUUCCAUCCCAACUGCAGAGAUUAGACCCCAGUGACCCUUUUGAGUCCCCUGUAAUGGCAGGCGGUCUCUUUGCUGUAGACCGGAGGUGGUUCUGGGAGCUGGGAGGAUAUGACACUGGACUGGAGAUAUGGGGAGGAGAACAGUAUGAGAUAUCAUUCAAGGUAUGGAUGUGUGGUGGCCGUAUGGAGGACAUCCCGUGCUCAAGAGUGGGCCACAUAUACAGGAAAUACGUUCCCUACAAAGUACCGGGUGGAGUGAGUCUCGCUAGAAACUUAAAGCGUGUAGCAGAGGUGUGGAUGGAUGAGUAUGCAGAGUAUAUCUACCAGCGCAGACCAGAGUAUCGUCAUCUCUCUGCUGGUGAUGUAGCUGUGCAGAAGGAAUUGAGGAACAGGCUGAACUGCAAAAACUUCAAAUGGUUCAUGACAGAGGUGGCGUGGGACCUGCCCAAACACUAUCCACCCGUGGAACCUCCAGCAGCAGCAUGGGGCGAUUUGCGUAAUGUUGGCAGUGGUCUUUGCAUGGAGAGUAAACACUUUUCCUCUGGUUCCCCAAUCCGUUUGGAGAAAUGUCUGAAAGGAAGGGUGGAGCCGACCUGGAGUCAUGGUCAGGUCUUUACGUUUGGCUGGAGAGAAGAUAUACGGGUAGGAGACCCAUUGCACACUAAGAAGGUCUGCUUUGAUGCCAUCUCCCAUAACAGCCCUGUUACGCUAUAUGACUGCCAUGGCAUGAGAGGAAACCAGCUGUGGUCAUACAGAAAGGAUAAGAGCAUAUAUCACCCCAUCAGUAACAACUGCAUAGACUCCAAUGCUGCAGAGAAGAGGGUUUUUAUGAACUACUGUGACCCAACCUCACCAAGUCAGCAGUGGCUAUUCGAAAACACCAACGCCACUGUUCUAGAGUCUUUUCAUCACAAAUACAGCGCAUAACAUUUGGAACAUGAGAAUAUUAUCAAGGUGGUGGUAAACUGGUGAGAGAUUUGGAAUUUUGGAUUGUGGCAUUACUUACUAAAGCUGAAAUUCUGUGCCUUUAUUGAACUGAUGUAUGUCUGAAAACUUUAUUCUGAACCUUUGCACUCUGAAGGCGUCAUCCCUCUAUUCACACUUAUGCUUCAAAUGGACAAACAUUUAGGACAGCUUUCCUCCAUCCUACUGUGCACUGUCCCCUUUGAAUUCUUAUAGUAAUUCUGCUGAAACACCAAUUACCAAUCACCGUUAAACAGACAGUAGGGAAUCAGUCAUGAUAAACUGUAAAAUCAGCUUGUUGUACUUUUGUGUAAUUUAAAUAAUUAUGUUCCAGGAUCUGUGCUAAUUAAUAACAGUGCUUGCAAGGAAGCACUGUAUUGAUAUUCCUCAAACAUUCUGGUUAGAGUUUGUCCUAAACUCCAACAACAAGUAUGAAGUUUAUGCAAUUUAUUCAGCCCAAAGCACUUAAUGUACAGACUCCAUUCAAACAUAGUUUUGUUGAUAAUUUAAAGUGUGCUGUCUUUUUUUCCCCCCUUUGGUUCAAAUUCAGAACUUUUUCUAUCCAAAAAUUUAGCUUUUAUAGAACAUAAACUGACAGUGAUUAUGUCAGCAUAAUAUUUGUUUACUGAAUUGUGAUUGGUCUUCCUUGCCUAUACAGUGGCCCAAAAAUUACUUGGAGUCUUUUAAACAACUUGGUCACUUUGUCAGGAAUUUUAUGUGUGGCGUAUGCAAGCAAUUAACACUUUUUCUUCUGAGCCCAAGCUGAUUCUAAUGGAUGUAUGAAGUCGGUGCCUCUCAGGUUCACACAGGUGUCCUAGCAAAAUAACCACAGGUGUAGUUCAUCACGUUAAUUAUGAACAUACUCGCCUUGUUUGGUAACCAGAAAAUCUCCCAGUACUUUCUUAAUUUUGAACAAUAUAUCAAAUUUUAUAUAACCAAUCCUAGCAAAGUUCUCUGUAAAAAUGUUUUGCUUAUAAGUGUGCUUGUGUAAUCUUUCUUUAAAAUUGCACUUGCUGUGAUAUUAGUGACAGUCACAAAUUGUAUUGUGUCUAAAUUGUCAAAAUAAUGUUUGGGGCCACUGUAUUUAACCGUUUAAUUUCCACUGCAAAUACAAUGUGUUUUGUAUUCUUGUGCAUACCUGACUGAAAAGAAAAGUGCUAUGCAGUUCUGACAUGGCAUUUAUUUUACAUAGUACCAAAGCCUACAUUUUUUGUAUAGCUCUAAUGCAUAUUACAAACACAAUGCUGAAUUUGCUGUGCCUUGCUGACAGAUCAUAGUGUAAUGUCACCACAGAUGCUUCUCUAUUUUUGUACAUCUUUUAAGAGUGUUUGAGAAGUGAGUGAUUGUUUGUCUGUGUCUGUCCUGUUUUUAACCAUUCAGCUUACCUACCAAGCACUUUUCAAAUGUUUGUUUGUCCAGAACCUAUUUUAAUUUAUUAGUGAUUUUGUCAUGUGUCUAGAUUUUUUAUUUUUUUUUAAUGAGGCCAGGAUUUAAUAAAACAUUAUAAUAUUACUGUUUUGGGUGGACCACAGUUUCAAAAUGCACAGGUAAAUAAUUUAGCAAUUGAGGUCUGAGUCUGAGGUCUAAUAUUGUACUUUGUUUGAAACCAAGUGUUGUAAGAUUAGCUUUUGGGUGUGUCAUUGUGUCAAUAUUAUUUAGUAUUCAAAUAAUGCAGAUAUUUUACACAGAGUUGGAUGUAGUAAGUUUUGGUAAGGUGGAAUGGAAUGGUAGUAUCUUUAUACUGUACAUGUUAAAUGCACAUGUUGAUAAUCAUUUAAUUUGAAGAGUGAUCAUCUAAUGGAUUGUAUGUUCUGUUUAUUUCUGGUUUUGAUUGUUUUCUUUCAAGUUAUAUUAACAAUGGUAUGUCUCAUUUAUAUCAACUCAGACUUGAAGUAAUGCAAGUGUAAAUAAUGCUAAAUCAGUUGUUUAAAUGAAAAGUAAAUCUAUUUUUCAGCCACAGAAAUAUAAGUAUAUCUUUUUUUCUCUUAAUAUCUGUUCUGGACUCAGAUCUGGACUUAAAACUGAAUUUUAAUGCAGAUAAUUCAAAGAAAAAUAAAUAAUUUUAGGGAUGAUUUUAUUCUAUAACAGGAUUGGUGAUCUUGUGGUGGAAAUUAUGUUGCUGGAUCUUGAGAAUUAGAUUUGAACAGUGUGGUGAGAGUCCUCUGUUCUGAAUCAUGGUAAUUCAGGACUUCAUUAAUAAAUUAAAUUGCUUUUUAGUCAUC